GAUGCCCAGAAAAGGUAAAGGAAAGAAGGGCAAAGGCGCAGGAGACGACCCGAGUCUCCGUCCCCAGAUCUUGAGAGACAAGCUGAAAAAGGAGGACGCCAACACGGUGGUGAACUCCGUGAAGCUGAACGACAUCUAUCGUGUCAAUCUGCGCCGCAAUAGGUGUGUCCAGCUCAAGGAGGAAAUAGGGGCUCUUCGGCAGACGUUCGAGCGGCGAGAUCAGGACCUAAACCGCGCUGUGGAGAGGUUUUCAUGUGGCGUGCAGGAUGCAGAGCGUCUCUCGUACCAAGUGUGGCGUGUUCAUCGGGAGAAGGUGGAGCGUCUGCGCGCCUUGCAGGAAAAAAGGGUCAAGUUCUUGCUGCAACAGUGGGACAUGGGCCAGGAGGUCUUUGACGGCAAGCUGGAGUGCAUAAGCAAAACGAUGGCUGUGUACUUCCUGCAGUCUCGAGUGGGUUUUGAGAACACAUUAGUCCACUUGGAGCGACACCAUCAGCAGGCCUUAGCGACCAUCCACAGACUGUACAGCGAGCCCAUGGAGGGUCACGCGGUGUACGAGAAAACCAAGGACUUUGAGGUGGAGGAGUGUUUCUUGGAUCAGAACGUGAAGGUCCUCAAAAAUCAAAAGGCAGAAAAGCGCUACCUCAUAGAGAAGGAGAACGUGGAGUACAUGGAGGAGAAAAAACAAAUCUCAGUCAACACGUCCAAGAAGAGCGUGGCGCUGUACAACACCAUCAUCGAGACGCAGUCCCGGCUGGAGGCCACCGAGAAGAGCAACUCGGCCAUGACGGCCAAGCUGACGUCCGCCAGGAACAACGCCAAGGCCAAGAUCCACAUGCUCCUCAGCCAGAUGGCUCAGAAUCGCGUGCCGGUCCAGACUAUGAUGAAUGAGAUCAGCAUCCGCAGCAACGGCGCCGCAAAGAGCCUGAGGACGAUCAUCGCCCAGGGAACUAGGGUCCUGAAGCUGGCCGAGAUGUGCCGCCAUUUGGAGAGCCAGCAAAACGAACUGGUGGAUGCUAAAGAACUCGCUAAAGAGUCCAAAACGGAGGCGGUGGAGCCGUCGGACAUGUUAGAGUUCCCCGAACUGAAGAAGCGCUACAACAGUGCACAACUCCACCAGGAGUCUUUGAUGCAGCACAAUAGGAAACUGAAAGAGGUUAACCAGCAGCUGCAUCUCCUCACCUAUCAAUUCAUGGACGCCAAGACCAUGAACCCUGACACCCACAACGGACCUUACAACCCCCUGCUGGUGAAACACGCCCCCGUUAUGAAAAAUGGCACCAAUAAGCACCUGCACUGUGUCAUCGAAGGCGUGCACGCCAUCCGGACACUAACUAUUAACAAAUGA